AUGGCAGCCUACCUCGCAACGUCGACCCACCUCAACAACUGGGUCUUCACCGAGGACCAGCUGCGCACGGUUGGCGCCUUGAAGAUGAACAAGUGCCACAAGCAGCUGCAGCUGUGCGAAGCGAGUCCGACGCUGGCGCGCAAGCCGCGCUCCUUUGCGUGCCUCCUGCCAGCGUCGACGAAUGCCGUCCUGGACACGACCGAUUGGAACGAUACACUCGAAGAGCUCGACGUGCCGCCGAACGAGCUCGCGCUGCUGACGCUGGCCGAGGAGGCGCUCGUCUUGAACUUUUACCAGAUCCAAGUCCAAGAUAGCUGCACGCGCCUCUUCCGGACGUCCGACAAAGUCAAGUCAGCGGCGGUCGUGCUCUUCAAGCGCUUUUACCUCUCCAACAGCGUCAUGGAGUUCCACCCUAAGUACAUUGCCCCCACCGUCAUUUACGUUGCGGGCAAGGUCGAAGAGCAGUACAUUAGUGUCGACUCGAUUUCCGAGCAGCUCCAGGUCGACGUGAACCAAGUGAUUGCGCACGAGAUGAUCGUUCUCGAAGGCGUUCGCUUCCAGCUCAUCAUGUACCAUCCUUUCCGCGCCCUCACGGGCUUUAUCGAUGACAUUCGCGCCUUCUACAAGUCGCGCGGCGUCGACCUCAAGAUCCCGACGCUCCAGAGCCUCCACGCCAGCGCGACCGCGUGCAUCAACGACCUCAUCUUGACCGACGCGCCGCUGCUGUAUGCACCGGCAUGCCUCGCACUCGCGGGGCUGCAGCUCACGGUCGAGUCAGCGCCCGAGACGUAUGCGUCCAUUCGCAUGGACGAGUACCUCGUGCAGUGCAAGCGCGGCCAGCAACACCCGAGCGAAGUCGCGGCGAUCCAUCACGUGCUCGCGCACGUCAAGCAGCUCAAGUCGGCGCGCGACGCGACCGUCGAGGACCAGGCGCAGGUCAAGGCUGUCUAUAAGAAGCUCAAGAGCUUUCACAAGGAGGCGGCGGCCACGACCAAGCGGAAGGAUGCGCCCGAGGACAAGGAGGCGAAAAAGAGCAAAAAACACAAAAAAGACAAGGAUGCCAAGAAGAGCAAGAAGGCCAAGAAGCAAGACGAGUAG